CCUAUCUCAAAGCGCAUCCAACCAACCACAAAAGGCCUCUCGCCGCUUACCCGUCGCCCCCAAGUCCUCCCCACGCCACGCGCACACCGACACACUCCCACUCAUUUCGCCCUCAUCCUCCACCGCCGCUCCCACAGAUCUCGACACAGCCGCCGCCAUGGCCGUCGUGGCCGCGCGCCUCCUUCUCCUCCUCGCGGUAGCGGGAGCCCUGGCCCUCCCCGCGGCAGGGGAGAUCAAGACGGAGUCCUUCCGGGAGGACCCGCGGCCGUCCAUCAUGUUCGAGAAGUUCGGCUUCUCCCAGUCUGGCGCGGUCCGGAUCGUCGUCUCUGGCGCCGCCGUCUCCUCCUCCUUCGCCCGGGCGGAUCCCAAGAAGCUCGGCUUCUUCCUCCUUUCCGACGAGUCGCUCGUCCACGCCAUCUACGAGUCGCAGGAGGGGCCCACGCCGGAGAAGCGCGCAGCGGCGGCCGGCGGCGACGACCCCGACGCCGCCGCCUCCGGGUGCGUGCUCUCGAGCCCCUACGUGAAGAAGCUUUUCACCUUCCACGACAUGGAAGGCGGCCAUUACAACAAGUCCUUCCCGGUCACCCACCCCGACGAGUACACCCUCUUCUUCGCCAACUGCGCGCCGCAGUCGCUCGUCACCAUGCGCGUCCGCACCGAGAUGUACAACGUCAACGCGGACGGCUCUAAGGACUACCUGCCCGUCGGCCAGGCGCCCGUGCCGGCCAUCUACGGCUUCUUCGCCUUCUGCUACGCCGCGUUCCUGGCCUCUUGGGGGUACCUCACCCUCUCUCGCGACCGCAUCUCGGCGCACCAGAUCCACCACCUCAUGUCCGGUCUGCUCGUCGCACGCCUGCUCUAUUGUCUCUCCGCCGCCGAGGACCAGCACUACAUCCGCGUCACCGGGACGCCGCACGGCUGGGACGUGGCGUUCUACCUCUUCCAGCUCGUGAAAGGUGUCAUCUUGUUCGCGGUGAUCGCACUGGUCGGCACCGGGUGGUCGUUCUUGAAGCCGGUCUUGCAGGACCGGGAGAAGAAGGUGCUCAUGGCCGUGAUCCCGCUGCAGGUCACCGCCAACAUCGCCGCCGCAGUGAUUGGGGAGACCGGGCCGUUCUUGCAGGGCUGGGUGACAUGGAACCAGAUCUUGCUGUUCGUGGACGUCGCGUGCUGCUGCGCGGUGCUCUUCCCAGUUGUGUGGUCGAUCCGGUCGCUCCGGGAGACGUCCAAGACCGAUGGCAAGGCGGCGCGGAACCUCUCCAAGCUCACUCUGUUCCGGCAGUUCUACGUAGUGGUGAUUGGGUACUUGUACUUCACUAGGAUCGUCGUAUAUGCGCUCAAGACCAUUGCCAGUUACAAGUACCGGUGGGUGAGCAUCUUGGCAGAGGAGGUGGCCACCAUGGCGUUCUACUUGUUCAUGUUCUACACGUUCAGGCCGGCCGAGGAGAGCAAGUACUUUUCUCUUGAUGACGAUGAAGAGGAGGCCGCAGAGAUGGUGCUCCGGGUAGAGGAGUUUGAGCUGUGAAGAGAUGCGGUGAUUCGCAACAAUGGUUGAACAGAGGAGCGGGAUUGGUCUCUGCACCACGUUCGUUUGAUCUUUCCUCCCUGUGAUCUUGAUCAUACUUUACAAAUGCCAGGACAUAGCUCAUAGUUGUGAUGUACUGCAUGGAUGUAAGAUUAUUUUGUUCCUUUUGUAGAUUCAGAUUUUACUGAUGGAAUGCUGAUUACUUAACUUAUGCUAUGCUCAAUUAGUUUUCUUGUUUCUAUAAUUCUGUUGCAACCUAGUGGAAAUUAAAUGAGCAACAACUACUGCUAUUUUCGACA